AUGUGGGGCGAGCUUGCCUCCGCGAAAGGAGAGAUGCACUCAGGGCGUAGCGAGGAGUGCUGGGGGGAGAGCAAGACAUCCCUGCCUUCUUCGCGCGUCGCUUCUUCUCUUGGCCUCGCUUUCGUUUCCAGUUCCGUCUCCUCUUCUUGCGGGCCCCGACAGUCUUGGAUUUCCCCGCUUUCUUCCUCUCUUUGCUCUUUUUCGUCUUGCGCCGCGCCCGCAGUUCCCAAACAACAGCUCUCGUGGGAGGGUGGUUCUCGCACGCCACUCACAGUGGACGACGCGCUGUCCAUGAGAGCCCCGCUCGUGUUUUCUUCUUCCUUUUUCGCUCCUUCUCCUGGUGCGUCUGGCCCUCUGACAUCUUGUCCUCUGACAUCUUGCCUCCCCUCCAUGGGUAGCUUCGGCAGUCGGGCUGACGAGGGACUGGAUGAGAAUGGCGCAAGCCUCUGCUACCCUGGAGCGAGACGACGACGAGGAGCGAGAGACCCGACUGCCCUCCAAAUGAUCAAAAAGUAUGUGGGGCUCCGCGCGCCCGACGACCCGAGGGACUACCUCUUCGACAUUCGGUGGCCAGACCAGAAACCAGAGGUCGAGCUUUUAGCUCGGAAGAUCGACAUGACUGCAUGCUUCUCGCCGGAUGGCCAAGCCGAACCGGUGACACUGCUUCAGGUUAUUCCAGCGACGAUUGUUCAGUUCCUCGAAUACGGGAAAGCAGUGGUCUCCUACGACGCUCCUAAGCGCCGACGCCUGUUUGUGAAGAGGCCUGUUCUCGGCAAGCUGCAGCGGGUCGGAGCUACGGGCUUCGAGACGGCAACCCUCACUGUGCGCCCUCCCAACGAAUUCGUUCUCGGUCAGGUUUUGGACGUUUCGUCCCUUAUGGGGGCGAAGCACGUUCACGUACGAGCACUAAAGAAGGCGAAAGGGUUCCAAGGCAUCGUCUCCCGACACGGAUUCCACAGAGGGCCCAUGACCCACGGCUCGACUCACCAUCGGGGACCAGGGUCGGUCGGAGCCGGCACGGACCCCGGACGCGUUUUGCCGGGGACCAGAAUGGCAGGGCGCGACAAGGCAAAGUACGCGACGGUGCGCAACUUGCGCGUUUUAGGGUUUAAUCCGAAGCAAAACCUUUUAAUUGUGCGGGGAAGUGUCCCGGGAUGGGACAUGCGAACCGUCGUCCAUGUGGUAUGGGAACGGUGGCGAGAAGAGUGCAUCGAAGACCGUUCGCGGUUGAUCGAGAAGGAGCGGGAGGACCGCCUCAAACUCGUUGGCGCGGUCAAGUCGAGUGGCGUCAAGUCGGCGAAAAAUGUGGGGCCAAAGAAGGGAGGCGGAAAGAAAAAGAAGUGA